CAUUGAGGACUUCUUCCGAAAGGGAGAGUGCUAAAAGCUCCUGUUCCAACUGACAUAUUCACAUACACACUUCAAAAUACAUAACCUCAAAUCGUUUGACAGCUGAGCAAGAGAAACGUGUGUGCGAAUUUCAAUGCAUUGUUUUGUUUAGUAAAAUCAUACGUGAGGAACGGAAAUUUUUCGAUUCUGCGAAACUUUCAACAAAUUCAUUCAGGAUGGAUGACGGACGAUUUGAUGAUGCCGAAGAGGAUGUCACUGGGCCAGUAAUUCCACAGCAAAAAGUAGCUGCACCACAAACAGAGCGCAUUGUGGAAAAAUUGACCAAAAUGAGCGUUGAAAGUGCAUUGUUCAGUACGGAGCACAGUCGCAAAGAGGAAAAUGCUAAUUAUGACUAUGAUGAUGAGGAAUACACAAGUGACAGUGAUGACGAAGACUAUUAUGAAUUAGUUUCGGCCAGUUACCAAAAGAACAAUCAACAGAUCAGCAGUGGCGGUGCGUCUGUGGCGCAUACGAAUGCACAAACGUCCAGUAAUAAAGUGAGCAGCUUUCAACCAUCCGAUAAGCUCUUCAAAAAGUACACAAAUAAAAUCAAUGUGGAAAAAUAUGAGGGCCCACAAUUGCCAAAUAGUGCGAUAAACACUUUGCUGGAGAGCAAUCGUAAGGCAGAGGCAGACCGAUACCGAGCAAAAGAUAAACAUGAUCGUGCAACGGCUGAACAAGUGAUGGAUCCACGAACGCGAAUGAUUCUAUUCAAGUUGCUCAACCGUGGUCUAAUCACCGAAAUUAACGGUUGCAUAUCGACGGGCAAAGAAGCCAAUGUGUAUCAUGCAACAUCAAAAACUGAUGCAGAGUAUGCCAUUAAAAUCUAUAAAACAUCAAUUUUAGUGUUCAAGGAUCGUGAUAAGUAUGUGUCGGGAGAGUUUCGUUUUCGCAGCGGCUAUUGUCGUCACAAUCCACGUAAAAUGGUACGCACAUGGGCUGAAAAAGAGAUGCGUAAUUUGCUUCGUAUGAAAAAUGCGGGCCUCAAUGUGCCCGAACCGAUUUUAUUGCGGAGUCACGUAUUGGUCAUGACAUUCUGUGGAAAAAAUGGUUGGCCAGCACCCAAACUGAAAGAUGUCGACAUUUCAACAACAAAGGCUCGUGAACUGUACCAUGAUUGUGUGAUCAUGAUGUGGAACAUAUUCAACAAAUGUAAAUUGGUGCAUGCCGAUUUGUCGGAAUUCAAUUUGCUGUAUCACGAUGGGAAAAUUGUCGUUAUCGAUGUGUCACAGUCGGUGGAGCAUGAUCAUCCGCAUGCAUUGGAAUUUCUGCGCAAGGAUUGUACAAAUAUUACGGAUUUUUUCGCAAAGAAAGAUGUCGCCACAAUGACUGUACGUGAAUUGUUCACAUUCAUUACCGAUCCAAAUAUUACAGAAGGCAAUAUGGAAAACUAUUUGGAACAAAUGGUGGAAAAAAUCGGCGAUCGAAACAUCAAUGAGCUGUCGGAACAGGAAAAAAUCGAGGAAGAAGUCUUCAAACGGGCUUAUAUUCCGAAACGUUUGGACGAAGUUGUUGACGUCGAACGUGAUAUCAUUAAGGCCAAAGGGGGUGCUGGUGGUGAUUUAGUUUACAAGACAAUUACGGGCCUCAAAUCAGAUUUGACGGUUGAAUCAAAACCAGUUCUGUUACAGAACGACGAUAAUUCGCACGAAAAUAUCGAACAACAAGAGCAAGACAUCGACUCCGAUGAAGAUUCACCGUCAGACGAUAGCAGUAGUAAUAGUGAAGCAGACGGUGAGAGCCGAUUCAAAGACAGUGCGCGGCCCAAGGAUGAAUCCAUCGAAGACAAAAAACUACGAAAAAAAGCCGUCAAAGAUGCAAAAGCUGAAAAGCGAAAAAAUAAAUUGCCCAAACAUUUGAAGAAACGCAAAGAAAAACAAGGGACGAAAAAGAAAUAAUCAGAAAAAAAACUACCACACACUAAAUACGCAAACAUGUUUAUAAAAUAAAUCACAGAUCUUGAUCUGAACAACAGCAAAUAUGUACAUAAUUUUUCACCUGGUGCUAGGAUUAAUGCGAUUCAUCAAAUAAAUAAAGAGUGUUAAUAUUCUCAUCGCACGAGAGGAAGGGAGAAUAUUUUAUACGUAUAUUUUAAACAGCUAAAA